CAUCUUCUCCUUACAUCCACUUUCCAGUCCCUUCUCACAGACAUCGUCGCCAUGUCUGCCAUCGUCCACCAUGUCGUCCGCCGUGGCGUUGAAGCCGCACAUCGCCACUUCACCCAGCCAAGCCACGAGCAAAUGGCGCAGCUACAGCACGAUGCCGAACUGUACGAGCAAACGGGCCAGGAAGUCUCUCCGAUGGAGUUUCUCCCGGUCGUCAUCACGGUCAUUGUGACCCUCCUCCUGAUCGCAUCGAUCCGCUACACCGUCGGCGAGGUCAUGGCCAGCCUCGCCAUGAUCGAGUCUCCCUCUUCCACCGCCAUCAUCGAGCCGAAGCCGCCAGCGUACUCCGACGAACAGCCUCCAGCCUAUGCCGAAGAGGCAGAUGCACCGUUGGAGAAGAAGCCGCUCGACGAGGACGUGGACGUCGAGGUCACCGUCAUUAGCCACAAGCCCAUCACAAGCAAGAUCACCAACACCAUCGGCUUGCUCCAGCGCGUCGGCGGCUUUUCAGCACGAUGGAGAGGUCUGGGACUUAGCAUCUUCUACCACUUCCUCCACGCUGCUCUUUCGAACUUCCUGGCCGCGAUGUUCGGCGGCUUCGCUGCCCACAUCCCCGCCUACAUCAUCGUCUCCAUCGGCCUUAUGCGCGUCCACAUGGUCUGGACGCACACGAUGAUCUCUGGCCCUACUACGAAGUCCUGGUGGCAACGCGUUGUGCCUCGUAAGCAAUGCAGGGUCCUCUUCCUGCCGACUCUGUGCUUGGCUGUGGCGCAACAGGCAACCUUCCUCCUCCCAGUCGCUGUUGCCUUUGUACUCCUCCCGCGCGACUUCGAUCAUGCGGCUGCCAUGCACCAGAUGAAGCAUGGCGAGUGUGGGGAGAACAUUUCUUUGGCGCUCCGCUUCCUCGCGGUCCCGGCUACCGCUCUCUUCGUCGCUGUUGCAGUCCUGCUCCCCGCCGCUGCCACCCUGACACGCAUUGAAGCCACCCUCCUGCCGGAAGACCAGGAGACCAUCGUUCCCUUCGACAAGCAAGCCAUCAUCGGCGACAUUGACAUGACUGUCUGUGGCAGCAGCCGUGUGCUGUUCGUCCAGGCCUGGAGAUCGUUCGAUCGCUCUGCUCGUCUGCGGGUGAUCAAGCUCUACGCGAAGAUGGUGCUCGCCCAAGCGACUGUCGCUGUCAUCGGCCUGCACUUGAUGGUCGCUGAGCUCUACCUCAUGGGCGGCGAGCGUCUCGUCAUCUUCUUCAAGAGCGCGGCGGCCCAAGUCAAGCUGAUGGCUAUUGAGGCACACCAGCAGGCCGUGGAGGCUUCGGUGUCGCAGUAGAACUGCGAGUGUUAAUGUGAUUGCUUCCUGGCCUGGCUCUAUCUGGCUACGGUAUUCAAUCUACGAUCGACUACACUCGUCAUACGGACAGUUGGACUUUGGAUUACGUGGGAGGGCGAUGGAUUUUGAUAUCAUAAGUUCUGCAGCUUGAGGCUGAGCUGGAAAGAGUACCAAUAUGUCAAGAUGGAGUUGCGGCGUCUUCUGAGCUUGAGCGUGGGGGUUGCUAGCUUGUGUCUACCAUGUAUCAUUAACUCCAUUGUAAUACAAUACUAUACCCCAGAACACUACUCAUUAGGCACAUCCAAGAUUCAAUCACAAAUUCC